CCGCACUCUGGGGAAGCCAAUGAUGAGCCGACUGGUGCCGUAUCGAACAAAGGUGUCGGAGGAGGUGGCGACGCGCAUCGAGCAGACGCUAAACACCACCAUGUACCUGGUGCAGACCACGGGCCCUACGUCCUACGUGAUUCAGGAGCAGAACUGCGACAAGAAGUAUAAAGUGUUGAUCGGGCCGCUGCAGACCUGCAGUUGUGGUACGGCCGACAUUUGCAUCCACAUCCUGUUCGUGAUGCUCAAAGUUCUUCGAGUUCCGCCGACAACACCUGUCGUGUGGCAAAAGUCACUUAUCGAUUCAGAGAUAGAGACGCUGCUCCGAGGAGGAUACAGGGAGAAGUCGAGGCCGGCGCCAAAGCCGUAUAUGAAGAAACGCAAGGAAGCGGCUGCACCGAGUGAACCUGAGGAUGUAGACGUAGACAGACACGAGUUAGUAGCGGGGGAGGUGUGUGCGAUUUGUCAGGAGGACAUGGAUGAUAGCAAACCGCUCACGUUUUGCCGCAAAGGGUACGAGCAGGUUCUUUUAUGAGAGAGCUUGUUUACUAACAUUUCAUUCGUUGCUGCAGUUGUGGCAACAAUUUCCAUAUUGAGUGUAUGAAGGUGUUUGGAGAGAGUCGUCGCCAGUCCAAAGAAAACAUCAUUUGUCCGUUGUGUCGCCAGGAUUGGGGUGGUGAAGCACUGACAGCACUACGGAAGGCGAUAGACGCAGCAAACAGAGCCCCGAACGUCCAUAAGGGUGCAGUAUGCAGGAAAUGCAAGACAAAACCAAUUCGGUGCGAGCGCUAUCGCUGCGUCCGGUGCAAGAACGUGGACUUGUGCGCGCGAUGCUUCAAGUCAAAUGCUCACUUGAAUCACGCAUUUGUCAUGAAGCAGAAUGUGUCAGACCCAUGGAUACCCGCGUUACGUGAAAAUCAGCCUCGAACAGCUAUCAGUUCAGAUUUAAUUCGAGACUUGGAAUCUCGAGAGCUCUCUACGAACGAUUAUGAUGUGCUUCUGCAACUUGAUCAUGGAGAUAAACGCCCUAUACAAGACUAUCUCGUGAAAGUAAUUUCUGGGUCCAAAGUAAGUGCUGAUAGCGCUAAAACGUUUGGUGAACCUGGGGCAACGUGCUCACUCUGCGCCCAGAAUCUCCGAAUUAAAGCGGCACUCCAUUCGACAUUAUGUGGGCAUGUUUUCCACGAAAGCUGCCUCGCGAGGUCAAUGCUAUCACAAGUGUACGUAUGCCCGUUUCCUGGGUGUGAUUAUGCGCUGUUGCCCGGGUUGUUGUAUCUACAGCAAAAGCAUGAAAAGAGUAAAAGUCAACAGCUUACUGAGCCCAAGCAGGAGCCGCAAGCGCCGCCAACAUUAAAUGCCUCGUUUACCGUUCUGGGGCUUCAGAAGCAGCAGCAAUCGCAUAUUCGAUCUCCAAGAAUUACGCGUUUAAGAGCACUGCAUGCACAUAUUACAAAACGACAGCAUAGUCGUCGAGAGAGUGACGAACUCCCUUUAUUACCUGAUCUUGUCUUGGUGGGUAUCACACCGGACGAAAGAAGCAGUACAGACUUGCCUGCGCUUAGUCAGCGUGCAUCCAUGAUACCAGCACCAGUACCUAAUCAAUUGGAGCACGAGAACAUCGAAUCGCAAAGCUCGAGCAGAACCAGCACGGCAGAACGGCCAAAACUGCGAGCGAAAGGAAAGCUAGCCGAGCAAUUACGAACAAGAAACAUCCUCCCUCCUCUUCCCACAUUUCAAAGUGAUAGCAACGAGACCGAAACCCGCCUUAACCAUGCCGAACGAGUUCGUGCUGAGCUGAAGGCGGUCAAGAGAGAACGUCUUCAAACGCAACGAUUGCUGAAAGAAGAACGAAGACAGCGCCACCAGGAGCAAAAUAAUACUCCAGCCUUUACCAAUGGCUUCCUCGGUGCAAACCAGAAGGAAAACGAUCCGAUGGCAACAGUUCAUGUUACCCUAGUGCAGCGGAACGUUGAGUUGAAGCGGAAGUCAAAGGAACGACAGCAGCGUGCUCGAGAACACAAACACCUUCCGAGUACACUUCCGGAUUUAUUUGUAGGCAACAUGUCGAAGUGAUAUGAAUCUAUCUAAGCUAAAUAACGGAGUUGCGCCGAACAUACAGUGAUGGAUGAGGCGGCUGUAGGUCUCUUGAGCUGUGUGGGAAACCCGAGAUAUUGUUCUUCUUUCUGCGGUUGGACGGAGAGGAUA